UUUCAAUCUUCAUCUUCUCCGCUCAGUCACUCGAAGAGGGUUAUGCAAAAAAAUAUUGGUUCAUUUUAUAAAAUCCCUCUUCUCUCUCUUCCUCUCUCUCUCCUCCUUGUAGAGCGUGUGUUCAUGAGCUAAUGAACAACCCUUUUCGAUUUCCAUCCUAUUAAACAAGAUUCAACAGCUCUGAUGUUGAAAAAUUUUGUAUGAACACAAGAAAACAAUGGAUGGUUUCUCAGAUCUUGAGCCCGAUUGCUCUGAAUUCGUUGAAAUUGAUCCCACUGGCCGAUAUGGCAGAUAUAAUGAAAUUUUAGGAAAAGGGGCUUCAAAAACAGUUUACAGAGCUUUUGAUGAGUAUAAUGGAAUUGAAGUAGCUUGGAAUCAAGUGAAACUCUAUGAUUUCUUGCAAAGUCCUGAAGAUCUGGAACGACUUUACUGUGAGAUUCAUCUUUUGAAGACAUUGAAACAUAGAAAUAUUAUGAAAUUCUACACUUCUUGGGUUGAUAUUGCUAAUAGAAACAUCAAUUUUGUUACUGAAAUGUUCACUUCUGGUACUCUUAGACAGUAUAGGUUGAAGCAUAAACGAGUUAAUAUUAGAGCUGUGAAGCAUUGGUGUAGGCAGAUUUUGAAGGGGCUUCAUUAUUUGCAUAGCCAUGAGCCUCCUAUCAUCCAUAGAGAUCUCAAGUGUGAUAAUAUCUUUGUUAAUGGUAAUCAAGGGGAGGUUAAGAUUGGUGAUCUUGGACUUGCUGCUAUUCUCAGGAAAUCUCAUGCUGAUCAUUGUGUAGGAACACCAGAGUUUAUGGCUCCAGAAGUGUAUGCAGAAGCAUAUAACGAAUUAGUCGAUAUUUACUCAUUCGGGAUGUGCGUUCUCGAGAUGAUAACGUUCGAAUAUCCAUACAGCGAAUGCACUCAUCCUGCUCAGAUCUACAAGAAAGUCGUAUCCGGGAAAAAACCAGACGCCUUGUACAAAGUGAAAGAUCCCGAAGUGCGACAGUUCAUCGAUAAGUGUUUGGCAUCGGUUUCAUUUCGACUCUCGGCAGCACAGCUUUUGAGUGAUCCUUUCCUUCAAGUCGAUAAUGGCGAAUAUGAUCUAAGACCUGUCAAUUACGGGAGAGGAUUCGACGAUGUAUGCCCUCUUAUAAGACGUGACAGCUCCUUUUGUAAUGGAUAUCCAUAUGAUUAUAGUUUCGAAGCUUCGAGUGAAUCGGGUUACCAUCCGAUUGAUCACGAAACCAAUGGAAUCGAGCUUUUCGAGUAUUAUGAAGGUGAACAUUCUGAAGAUGUUGAUAUUAGCAUUAAAGGGAAGAUGAGAGAAGAUGGUAGCAUCUUCUUAAGACUCAGAAUUACUGAUAAAGAAGGACUUAUUAGGAACAUUUACUUCCCGUUCGAUGUCGAGACGGAUACAGCAUUAAGCGUUGCAACAGAAAUGGUAGCGGAGCUAGAUAUUACAGAUCAAGACGUGACGAGAAUUGCUGAUAUGAUUGACGGAGAAAUCGCUUCCUUGGUUCCCGAAUGGAGACCAGGUCCGGGAAUUGAGGAAACGCCUCGUUUUGCUUGUCAUAAUUGUGCUACUACUUCUUACAACAAUGCUUCAUCAAAUGGUCUUUCAUUGAGGAAUCCUGGUGGAAAAAACUUGGACCUAGCUCAAUGUUGUGGACAUCGAUAUGCUUCAAUACACGGUCGUUUCGAGGAGAUAAUGUAUCAAGCUGAUGAAUCCGAGCAUCAUCCAGUAGAGGGUGCACCGAAUAUAUCAAGCUUGAAUUAUCCUGAAAUAUGGGGACGUCACGAAAGCCGUGAACUUAGCUCAAUGAGCUCACGACACAGCCACUCGGAUGAAGAUUACGAGAAAACAGAUCGACCAAGUAUGGUCACGGAUGCGAAAGAAACGAUCAUGGAAAGUAAAACCGCUCCUAAUACGAGAACGUCGCUUAGGGACCUGAUGAAUUCCCUUUCUUUCUUGGAAAUGCCUUCGUUAUAUGAGCCUCGAGAUAUCGAUGAAAAUGAUGCCCAGCAAGAACUGAGAUGGAUUAAGGCAAAGUACCAAAUGGAAUUAAACAAGCUCAAAGAACAAAAAAUGGAGAAUGGGACACUGGUAGGCCACGACCAAACCCUCGACUGGUCCGAUCGAGAUACGAACCGAAAUAGUACCGAGAGCCAUGUUUAUAUCAGUAAUAGCUGUUACGGUUCAGAUGCUCGGAAGGUCGUGGAAUCGCCUGUCGUGGAGAAGGUUGUCACGGCUAAAAAUGCCUGUAAUGGUUCAUUGCUUCCAAGCUCUCUUCAUAGAGCAAUCUCUCUACCGGUUGAUGCUGUUCAUAUGUAACAAUGUGUAAGGCCACUCCUUGUAUUCUUUUAUGGAUUCUAUACACUAAAACAAGUCAAAUAAAUAUAUCACAUUCACCAUUUCUU